CUACGUAUUUGUUUUGAAAUCUGCCAUGUGCUCUAAGGUUGAAAUUUCUGUAGUAGAAUAAUUGUCACACGAUGGGUUCAGUUAAAAACAGUCAGGUUGUUCAUCGACCUGGUCCUUUUAAACAAUCGAACAAACCACACAAAGGUGGCAGAAGCGGAAAGCGACAUGAUAAAGGUAAAAUGGAUGUCAAAACUAUUAGCCACAAGAAGAAGCAUGAUUUGAGCAGAAAAGAAAGGAAGAAUCGUCUGAAUCAAUUAAGAAAAGCAAAAAGAGAAGAAAUUAUGUCUAAAAAAAGAAGUUUAGGUGGACAAGAUAAUCCUCCCAUUUUAUGUAUGGUUUUAGCUUUGGAUGACACCAUUGAUGUUGAAGAUUUUUUAUAUGAUUUGGAAACUUGUGAUGAAGAAACAACAAAAUAUAAAAAUCAGUAUGGGCUGCAUAAUUUAAGUUUUCAUCGAAGGAAACACAGAUAUGCAUUUUUCACUACAAAACAACAUGACUUGCAUUCUCUUAUGGAUGGUUUGAAGGUUGCUGAUGUUUUAGUCUUAUUGCAUUCUGCAUCUACAAAUGAUAGCACAGAAAAGCUUUUGUCCAUCAUUGUUGCGCAUGCUCUUCCUACAACUGUUCAUGUGUUUCGAGGAUUUGGCAAAGCGAAUUCAAAGAAAAAAACAGAAUGUCGAAAAGCAAUCUUGAAAAAUAUAGAAAUCAGGUUCCCUGGUGAGAAACUACAUCAAGCAGAUUCUCAGCAAGAGCUUCAGCAACUUCUAAGGCUGAUUGGAAAUCAGAAACAGCGUGCUGUGGGAUUUCGAGAUCAAAGAUUUCAUUUAUUGGCAGAAGAGGUUCGAUAUGAAAAAGAUAAUUCUGAAACUGGAUUAGGAACUUUGAAAGUAUCUGGUUUUGUUAGAGGACAGCCGAUAAAUGUCAAUGGUCUUGUUCACAUUCCUGGAUGGGGAGACUUUCAAUUGAAUCAAAUUAGUUAUGAACAUGAGCCAUAUCCUCUGAUCGAAAUUGUAAGGGCCAAAUCUUCAAAGUUAGAAGAGAUGGCAUUGGACAAUUUCGUUUUGUGCGACAAAGCAGAUCCUACACAACAAGAAUCACUGCAGUCAGAAGUUGUUCCUGAUCCUAUGGAUGGUGAACAAACUUGGCCCACAAAGGAAGAGUUGGAUGAAGUUGACUUGCGUCCCAAAAAAGAACGUAAAAGAGUGGCUGAAGGCACAAGUGAAUAUCAGUCCGCCUGGAUUGUCGACAGUGAAGAGAGUGAUGCAAGUGAAGAUGAAGAUGACUCUGAAAGUGUUGAUCAAUCAAUGUCACAAGCUAGUGAAGAAAUGGAUUGUGAAAUGGAUGAUGUGGAAUCCAUUGCAGAUGUGAAGGAUGAGAACUAUGAUAAAAAUAUGGAUUUGAAUGAAGAUAAACAAACCUUGGUGAGAUUUAAAGAAGAAAGAAUGAAUCAAAUGUUUCCUGAUGAGUUAGACACUCCUAUUGAUACUCCUGCUCGACAGAGAUUUCAAAAGUAUCGUGGUUUGAAGAAUUUCAACAGUUCACCAUGGGAUCCUAUGGAAAAUUUGCCCCCUGAUUAUGCCAGGAUUUAUAGAUUUGAAAAUUUCAGACAAACUAAGAAGAAGGUCUUGUCGUCUGAAAAAGAUGGUGCUAUGCCUGGUACAUUUGUGACUCUUCAUAUAAAGAAUGUUUCCGAAGCCAUUUACGAUAGCGCGGAAGAUUCUCGACCUUUUGUUAUUUUUGGUCUUCUUCCUCACGAGCAAAAAAUGUCUGUAGUGAAUGUGAUGAUUCGAAAGUAUCCCACCUGUAGGUUACCAGUUAAAUCUAAAGAUACCCUAAUGUUUCAUAUUGGGUUUAGGCGUUUUACUUGCAAUCCAAUAUUUUCUGAACACAAAACUGGCAACAAAUUCAAAUAUGAAAGAUUCCUACCACAAAAGACAUCAGUUGUUGCUUCCUUUUAUGCACCUGUGACUUUCCCUCCUGCAUCUGUUGUUGUAUUCAAACAACUUCAAAAUGGAACACAUGAAUUAGUAGCAACAGGUUCGGUAUUAAAUGUUGACCCCAAUCGCAUUGUUGUUAAAAGAAUUGUGCUCAGCGGUAAUCCUUUUAAAAUAUUUAAGAGAACUGCAGUUGUAAGGUACAUGUUCUUCAAUAAAGAGGAUAUCAACUGGUUCAAAUGCAUAGAACUGACAACAAAGUGUGGAAGACGUGGGCACAUUCGUGAUUCUUUAGGUUCACAUGGUCAUAUGAAAUGUGUGUUUGACAAACAGUUGCAGUCUCAAGAUGUAGUUUUGAUGCAUUUGUAUAAAAGAGUAUUUCCGAAAUGGACUUAUGACCCCUAUGUGGCUUCUCCAUAUAAUGAAUUGUCUACUAACGAAAUUGAACCAAUGCUGUAAAUAUGUAUAAAAAUAAAUGCAUAUAAGCGCCUAAAAUCAA